AGCUCGCCCGACGACUCCUCUCCCCCGUCCGUUCCCUCUCCGGUCGCUCUCUCUCCCUACCGCUCCUCCUCCUCCUCCCCGUCUCGCCGGCGUCGCCAGCGCCGGCCGGCCAUGGGUUGCGGUGGCUCCAAGGACGCCGUGGCCACCGGCAACACCACCGCCAGCGGCGCCGCCGGCAAGCUCCUCCGGAGGAAGUCCUCCGUCUCCACCGGCCAAGGCCACACCUCCUCCUCGUCCUCCGGAAGCACCGCCGUCGCCGUCAAAGACGUCGUGAAGGAGCCGGCCGCCGGCGACGGCGAGGCUAACAAGGCGACCGGUGUCGUCGAGGCGGCUUCCGCCGAGAAGCCCGCGCCCGCGGCCGUCGAAGAGAAGAAAGGGAAUGACGACUCCGUGAGGGAGCGGGCCGCCGGCGAGGCAAAGGCGGUGGACAUCUUGGUGAUCUCCCCCGAGGAGCCCGCCGCCGCUGCCACCGUCGGGGGGAAGAAGGAACCCAAGAAGGAUGGUGAGGUGGCCAAGAAGGAUGUCGCCGUCGACGUCGCUGUCGCGGCUGCUGCUGUUUCGACGACGGCGGCCGAGGUAGCCGCGGCGCCGGCCCCCGUAGCGGAGCAAGCCGAGAAGGUGGAGGAUGAGGAGCAGCUGCCGGCGUCCACCAUGGCCGAGGAGGCGCCGGUGGAGGCGGCGGAUACGGUCGAAGAGGAGAAGAAGGUGGAGAAGGCUGAGGAGAGCAAACCCGAAGAGGAGGAGAAGGCGACGUCUCCUGCUCCGACCAAGGAGGAUGGGGAACCAUCAGCCGGGAAGCAGAACACCAUGGAGGCCAAACCGGUCGAGGAGGACAAGGCGGAGGAUGCGGCUGUCGUCCCAGUGCCGUCGGUGGAGGAGGAGAAGAAGAACAACGCCAACGACGAACACACCGCCGCCGCCGCGGCAAGCGAACCGCCGGCCAACUAAUGAAGUAUUGAUUAGGAGGAGGAGGAGAAGAGACGGCGUGCAACGAGUGCAUCAUCGAUCGAUCAAACAAGCAAAUUAAACGACAUGUUCUUGUUGUUGAAUUCUGUUUGUAAUGCGUCCGUUGCGCUACGUGGAAUCAACAUAUAUGGUUAUGCAUGCU